GAGUAUCACGCCCGAUUCGUCAGAGCUGGCAACCCUGCAACUCUCUUGUUCAAUCAGCACUAUUAAAACUUGCCAGACGCGUUUCCCAAUGUUGCGUCGGAAUUACCUGCGUUACUUGACACCCAUACUAGGCUGACAUAGCAGCCUUUACAGUUUAAAUAGACUAUCAGAUUGACCGCAAUGUGUUUGACAGGCUGGAGCCAACUGCAACCGGCCGUAGAGAGCACUGCGAUUGCGAUGGGAAGCUAUAGAUCAAGUUCUCCUUCCACUUCCACUUAAAUCGACUUCAAGUUCAGCAUUGCAAUGGAACGAAGACAUUUUGUAAUAAAAAUCUUAGAAACUCUCCUGUCCUUAACAGCCUUCAUUUUGGACGAGUGUGUGCCUACGUGCUCAUCCUGCGUGCCGCUUUACUUCUUCGAGUUUGCCAGUGGAGUAGCCGUACUCUUCCCCUUACUUUUGCUGAUAAUCCUCUGCUUGGAUCUCCCAAAGGUCCUGAACAUCACCUCCUGGCCAAAGCUGGAUUUUUUCAUCACAACCAGCACCUUCAUCCUUAUUUUUUUGGCCACCGUUUUGUUCUUCUACGAUAAUGAAGGAACUCUAGCAGAACAGGGAGCUGUGGUAUUCGGAGGCUUGGCGUCGCUCGUCUUCCUGGCUGACAUCAUGCAGCAAGACAAAGAUCACAGGAAUUUAUAUAGUGAUCUUAAGACUAAAAAUGAAAAGGCUAUGCUUAAAUGAGGCAUAACUGUAUGUAAAGGGGCCAGCGUGUGGCUCAGUAGGUUAGUACAGUGUUUCCCGACCUGGUCCUCGGGGACCAACAGACGUUCCACAUUUUUGCUCCGUGCCAGACAGUCCACCAUUUCCGCUCUGUCCCAGCUCACGAGAACAUGGACUAUCUGCAGGUCCCUGAAGGCUAGACUGGAAAACACUGGGUUAGGGUGCUUUGCCUACAGAGGUGGACAUUUCAGGUACAGAAAGUUCAAAAUCUAAACCAGGAUUUGUGAAUUGUGCUAUUUUUAGAACAGGUCAGCGGGCGAUUCAUGUGGUCCUUGGGGGCAUCCUGGUGCCCGCGGGUAUCAUGUUGGUAACCCCUGAUCUAAGGGAUGCACGUUUCUGAGAAAGCAGGGAUACAAUUACCCGAUGUUAUAUAUGGUUUUCCUUCUUAAAUGAUAUUUUGGUUUUUUUGUACAUAUGUAUAAAUAAAUAUAUUUUCGGUCUCGGGUUAAGGGCUUAGCCUAGGGCCCCAGCAUUGGUGGGAAGUUCAAAAUCUUGGUCUGGAUUUGUACUUUCUACUGCUGAACUUUCCACCUCUGGGCCCCAGUGAUGAACUCAACUGGAGUCACUACCUGUGGCAUGGGAAACACUACAGAACACAUAAUUAUGGUAAAUCCAACCACUGGCAAAUCUGGUGCUAAUCCCCACAUUGCACAGUGCAACCUACAGUACUGUUUUUCAUAAUCAAAUUACCUACAGGUGAUUUGGUUCGAAUGCUGCCUCAGUUUGUGGGUAUUGCCUGUUCUCUCUGUGUCACAUGGGUCACAGAGUGUUGUGGAGAGCUGAAGAGGCAUUACUGUGCUGCACAUAGUGUGUGUGUGUGUGUGUGUGUGUGUACCUUGUGACAGACUAGCACCUUGCAGAACCUGUCAUCACUACACACAAGCACACGCCCCUUCAGGAUGUAAGGUUAAAAACAUGUCUGUACAGUUUCUAACACACAUUUUACUAUGUAAAGGAAUGCAAUGACAGGGACUGACGUAACUGAUACUCAAGUAUGCAUUCGCCUUUAAAAGUGAUAUGUAUGGCAAUCAACAGCGCAUCAACAGCGCAAAUGCAUACAUGUUUUAUGACAAGAAAUUACUCUGCAUUUUAACCUUUAUACCGCAAAUGAAUUAUGAAUUAGCAUAUGAAAUACGUACAUAAAAUAUGCACGCAUUUGCACCAUUACAAUAACUGAUUGCCACAAGUAUUGCUUUUAAAGGUGAAUGCAUGCUUGAGCCCCAGUUAAGUGCAUCCCAGGCAAUGGGGAAUCUUCACUGUAGAGUAAUCGUUUUGGCAGAUGCACCCUGUGAAGCACUUCUAGACACUGUGAAGCACUUCUAGAUGUUUCAUAGAAAACAGAAAUCUUACACAGUUAGGCCAACAUUUUAACCGGAAUGUUGGAAAUUGUCUGUGGGAGGGUCUGUCAUGGUAACCAUAAGCCCUACUGGUGCAUAAUCCUUUUUUUGUUACUAACAUUCAUGGAUUUGAUAUACUGUCAAGACAGGGAACCAAAUAUUAAUGAUACAUAAUAAAUGUUUUAAUGAGAAGAUACAAUUCAUAAAUACAGUCAAAGUGUAAAACCGUUUUUUCUUUUUCUUUAAUAUCUGAAAAUGUCUUACUAUAAAAUAUAAAAAUCUGUGCUGAAGCAAAUAAAAAUAAAGUUUAUAGUAAACAAACAAA